AUGGAUUCCAACAUCUUCCAGAAUGAAUUCACUUGUUCCAUAUGUGUGAAGUACUUCAUAGACCCGGUCACUAUAGGCUGUGGGCACAGCUUUUGUAUGCCUUGUCUUUGUAUCUUCUGGGAGGAAGCCUAUCAUCCUCCUUCCUGCCCUGUCUGCAGGGAAACAUCCCAUCAAACGAACUUCAAAACCAACAUUGUUUUGAAGACACGGGUAUUCCUUGCCAGACGGGCAAGACCUUACCACUUACCGAGCUCUGCAGAACAGAUGUGUGAGAUACACAUGAAAACUAAGAACUUCUUCUGUGAGGUUAUGAAGGACCUGCUCUGUUUGCUGUGCUGUAAGUCAAAGGAGCAUGAGGCCCACAGACAUUGUUCCACUGACUGGACCGCUGAGGAAUACCGGCAAAAGCUCCUGAAAGAAAUGAGGUCUGUGUGGGAAAAGACACAAGAAAAUCGGAGAAAUCAAAAAAGAGAGAGCAGCAAAAUCAGAGCAUGGGAG